CGGAAUAUUUGGAGAUUACGCUUGAAAGCGUGCCAUAGAAUCCACAGUGCACAGUUUCUCGCUGGCGCAAUGUUGCCACGACGGAACACAAGUACAUAAACUGUUUUCACGGGGUGAAGAGACCACCUUUAUUGUGAUCUUGACCCCGUGGAUGAUUCGCCGCGAAAAGAAAGGGUUCGCUGGCGCAUCAUCAACAUCUUUUUAAGUGGUUUGUGAAAGGAGACGAUCGCGAACAAACAUCUUCAACAGCGGUGAGUCAACAUGGUUCUUUAACUCACUUAACCUUGUAUGUUGAGUGCCGUGGAAUUGUUCGAGUCUUUGGCAAACUCUAGUAGUUAGCAUUAUAAAAACGCAAGGAAAUGGAAAUCAUGGUAUCUUGGCACACGGUCGUUAUGAAGGAUCUGUCAUUUUUUUUCGUUGUUUUCGGCUAUUUGAUCAAAUGAGAUUAAACUAAUUGCUAAUGUAAAGAAUAUGCGCUGGGAUAUCAUGACGGGCUCUAAUGAACUUUCGCAGUUUUAUUAAUUUUAUUAUCGGCUAAGUAUUUCAUUGGUUUUACACCAAUAGCUGUUCACGUGCGGUUGGCCGGUGCGCGUUGCUUUAUUAACGCACUUACACGAUUUGGCAGAUUCCAUUCACGGAAACGAUUCAGCCCGCCAGCACGGAAAAUGUCUGCCAAAUCCAUCCCUUCUUCCUACAGCAUUGAUGGUCUGCUUGGGCUUAGCCGAGACGAUGACAAUAAGCAAAGGACAAAACCUGACCAAGUCAUCGACCAAACACUCUUGGGUCAGAGCACAAAGAAGAGCGAAAGAGGUACCCUAUAGUUUUACUAUUUCUUGUUAAAACGCUUCGUUACCUCGAAAGUCUCUUGUAUUUCCCGCAUCAGAAAUUUAUGAACUGGGAAGUGAACAGGGCGGGAGUACAUUUUUUCUAAUGCCACAGUUUUUUUGUUGUUUGUGCUGGUGGCAUAUUCCCCUCUGUUAACCAAGGCGGGCUGUAUAUCAAUAUUUUGCCUCUGAAUUUAUUGUUCAUCAAACUUGAAAACUCUUUUGUGGACUAAUUGUUACAAAGAGAGGUAAAACAUAUGUAAAGGCUCUCUGAAUUUCUUUUAUUGAUUAGUGAAUAAGAUUCACCCACUUCGCUUUCAUUAUGGUGUGGAAGAUUAGUUUUAAUUGUCACACAAGCAUUAAACACAAAUCACCUUAAUUUUCUUAAUCUAAUAUUCACCCUUUUCUCCUAGUUCUAAACAGCAGACCACAAUUUAUUUAGAACUUCUUUCUUCUUUAUAGAAGACGAUUUGGAGUCGAGUUUAACAAGUGCAGAGGACGUAGUCGAGAACGGAGAAGAAAAAGAGAAAAGCGAGGAUGAAGACGGAGAAGAUAGCAAGUGUUCGUCGGGAAAAAGGAAACAGCGCAGAUAUCGCACAACUUUCACAAGCUAUCAGCUAGAAGAACUGGAGAGAGCAUUCUCGAAGACUCAUUAUCCAGAUGUUUUCACGAGGGAAGCACUGGCUAUGAAAAUUGAUCUUACUGAAGCUCGAGUUCAGGUAAAAAUUUUAAACGUUUAAUAUCCUUAUAGAUUACUAUCCCGUGCGAUAGGCAAUAUUCUUGAACAGAUAUCACGGAAAACGUUUAUGAGCUGAUUUGGCCGGCGGGUAAUUAAAUAGUCCAAUUUAGCUGCGGAUGAAAACCACUUUAUUGGAAAAGAUAAGAAGUGGAAACGAAUUAUCCUCCUCAAAUGAGAGGCAUCUGUCGGUGAUCGAUCACGAUAAGCGAGCCAUCAUAAAACUAUUACUGCUAGGAAAUUAAUCGCCACUGUAAUUUUGUCCCGUACUUGAAAAUUGAUUGCCUCUAGCAAUUAUUUUUGUAAUUGCGUUGAUGAUUUUUUCAGUGCCUAAAACUUUUACGGCAAGAUUUGUCAGGGGAAAUCAUCGCCAGGCUCUAAUCAGUUUAGUCAUGUUUAUAGCGCGGCACUGAGGCGGUUUGUUGAUUUAUAAGCCCCUUGCUGCGAGCGAAUUAGUAUGAAAAUGUAUCUAAAACGCCGAGACAAGUUGUUCCUACUCAAUCAAAAGGAAGAGUUUUGUUUUACUUUAAGUGCAAUAAAAACUAAGUGCCCUUUCUAUAUUGGCAAUUUAUUAUGUUUCACAUUCAUAACAAAUGUUCGCGAUUUUCGCAGUAGUUAUGCAAAAUUGAUGUUGACUUUGUAUGGUCUCUGGUUUAAUAGCAGUAAAGAAAAACGUUUACAACGCAGCUUAAAACAAGAAGUGGAAAUUUUCGCUCCAGUCAACUAAGCUUCCAGGGGUGGCGUUUUUUGCACUAAAAAGGUGGUAAUUGUUGUGUGAAUUUUCUUACAGGUUUGGUUUCAAAACAGACGAGCCAAGUGGAGAAAACGCGAGAAGGCACAAGGCGUUCGCUUACACGCUCCGCUCGGUUUAAACAACGCUCUAGUGCCACCACCGUUAUCCGCUUAUACUUCAGAGCUAAGCAGCAAGACACAUGAUCAUGACUGGGAUGGAUACCCCCCAGGUCUGCCUCAUCCUUCGCCAUCAUUCCCGACGCUUCGUCUUCCCUUACAUCCAGCUUGUCCCCAGUCAGCAAGCUUGGGCCACUUGUACUCGCCCUUCUACACUCACCAUUCCGAAUACUACCCCUCUGUGCUAAGCGGCUCGCUUCUAGCGGCCGCUGCUGCGUCGUCUGCGGGAUACAAGACGCCUGUGUUUAAAUUUUCGCCCAGCAUCGCCUCUCGUAGUUCUCCUCCCCUUGCGCCGCCAAGAAGCGCCUCACCAGUGGAGUCUGACAGGAGGACAUCAAGUAUCGCGGCUUUAAGACUCCGAGCGAAAGAACACUCGGCUUCGUUUACCUAUUUGUCAUCAUCUGACUAAAGCGUUUGUCUUGCUCGUACAAAUGUACUUUGCUAUGAAAGAACAUUUACCAGAGAAAUCUACUCCACUCGGACAACAGUUCUUAGGAUAUCAAUUUUUAAUUAAGUUUUAAAUGAAAAGUUUCAUUUGCUAAAUCCCUUUAUCCCAAAAGGAUGAUCGGUAGACUGAAUUUUUCGCCCGCGAAGGUAUGAGAUUUCUCUCUCUCUCGCUCUCGCCUUUUUUUCUUGUUUUAAUUACGCUGGAUUGCGUUGUUCGUGAAUAGUGUCAAAUGUCUAGCAACUAAAGAGCUGCUAAUUUGUUUGGGGGCGACUCAGUGAGAACUAACCACCCGGUCAAUAAUUUAAUAAACGGCUUUGUUUGCGUAAGUAGCACACGAGUUCUUAACACAGGGUCACACAAAUCACGCUGGCAAGCUAUCAUAGCAACACACAGAACCACCGCUGUCGGUCGCUUUGUUGAUGUCGACAGAAAAAUAUUACUUUACUAAUAGGAUAGCGGAAAAGAGUGCGAGACUGGGAUUAUGAAGGAAUUAGUCGCAUUAGACUUAUCUAUCAAUGAGAUAAUUGAUGAAUCGUUUACAGCGCCACUUGAAACACCACCUGAUAUUACUAGUUUGCCUUAUUUGGUAGCAACACCGGUAGGCACCUGCCACGCGGGCUGCUGGGUAAUUUAGUUGACCAUGAAGAUCGGAUUGAAAAUCGGCAAAAUGAUGGCUGCAAGUUUUGCCCGGGUUUUAAUCGACAUACAAAGCAGGCUGUCAUUAAGUUACUACAACAAUCGAACCCUUUUAUGAAAACAACAAAUUUGAAUAAUUUAAUUACGUCUCAAGCAAUACGCAGAUAUGUAAUCAACGACUUUUAAUUACCGGGAUGAAAUUCGAUUACUUCUGACGCGUGUGAUUGGUGUUUUGGAG